GUGGUGGGUCGUUGUUUGUUUUCCAAGAAAAGUAUCGAAAGAAAAUUACCAAAAAAAAAAAAAAAAAAAAGAGAAAAGAGAGAGAGAACCGAAGGCACAGAAACAAUGAUGAUGAAUUCAAUUAGAGACGGUGGAUUCUGUUUGUGCAGUCGUCGUUGAAAUGGGUGGAGAAGCUGUUAUUUACUCUAAGCUACCAAGCUUUCCGUUGAGUCUUUGCUUUUGCUUUAGUUUCAAGUCUCUGUCGCAAUCACAAUCUCAAUCUCAAUCUCAAUCACCUUCUUCAUCUUCUUCGUUUUUGCGCUUCUCUAAGCGCCCUUCACGACCAUGAUCGUUUCUCUUACACCCUUUAAAGGAUCUCAGUUGCAGAUCCAUUUUCAUCGCCGUAUCCAAAACCAACAUCACUUAAUCUCGUUUUAUUAUGGACCCCGCCGCUUCACGCCCCGCCGUGGUGAUCGACAAUGGCACCGGCUAUACUAAGAUGGGUUUUGCUGGAAAUGUGGAGCCUUGCUUCAUUGUGCCGAGUGUCGUUGCUGUAAACGAAUCGUUUUUGAAUCAAUCGAGAACUUCCUCGAAGGCCAAUUGGUUAGCGCAGCACAGUGCUGGUGUUAUGGCCGAUCUUGAUUUCUUUAUUGGGGAUGAGGCGCUUGCAAAAUCUCGAUCUAGCAGUACUUAUAAUCUUACCUAUCCGAUUAGACACGGGCAAGUUGAUAAUUGGGAUGCAAUGGAGCGGUUCUGGCAGCAGUGUAUAUUUAAUUAUUUGCGUUGUGAUCCAGAGGACCAUUAUUUUCUUUUGACUGAGAGCCCAUUGACUGCACCGGAGAGUCGUGAGUAUACUGGUGAAAUUAUGUUUGAGACGUUCAAUGUUCCCGGGCUUUACAUUGCGGUGAACUCUGUGCUUGCUCUUGCGGCUGGUUACACAACGUCUAAGUGUGAGAUGACCGGAGUUGUAGUAGAUGUUGGGGAUGGCGCUACUCAUGUUGUACCUGUUGCUGAUGGUUAUGUCAUUGGGAGUAGCAUUAAGUCAAUUCCUAUUUCUGGGAAAGAUGUAACGCUCUUUGUGCAGCAGCUUAUGCGGGAAAGAGGAGAAAAUGUUCCGCCAGAAGAUUCCUUUGAAGUAGCACGUAAAGUGAAGGAAACAUAUUGCUAUACAAGUUCUGACAUUGUCAAGGAGUUCAAUAAACAUGAUAAAGAGCCAUCGAAGUAUAUUAAACAAUGGAGAGGCAUUAAACCAAAGACAGGGGCACCAUACUCUUGUGAUAUUGGCUAUGAAAGAUUUCUCGGGCCAGAAGUGUUCUUCAAUCCUGAGAUAUAUAGCACCGAGUACACUACUCCUUUACCAGCUGUCAUAGACAAGUGCAUUCAGUCAGCACCAAUUGACACAAGGAGGGCUUUGUAUAAGAAUAUUGUGUUGUCUGGAGGCUCAACCAUGUUCAGGGACUUCCAUAGGAGAUUGCAACGGGAUCUAAAAAAGAUUGUUGAUGCCCGAGUUGUUGCAUCUGAAGCUCGACUUGGUGGAGAAAUAAGAUCGCAACCUGUGGAAGUCAAUGUUGUCAGCCACCCCAUCCAGAGAUUUGCAGUCUGGUUUGGAGGCUCUGUACUUGCAUCAACACCAGAAUUUUUUGCGGCAUGUCAUACAAAAGCAGAGUACGAGGAGUACGGCGCAAGCAUAUGUCGAACCAAUCCCGUCUUCAAGGGGAUGUAUUGAUACGAAAAAAAUCAAUUUGACUGGCAUUUCCUCAUAAGAACAUCUUAAGGACUGCCUUGUCACUUCCAUCUCUUGAGGGCAUGACUUUUACUUCACAUCCUGAUGUUUCCUUGGCUUCAUCAUGUGUAUGCACUAUGCAUAUGCUGUGAGAGAGGUGGUGUACAAUAUAGUGAUUUAUUCCAUUUGUAAGAAAACUGGAUUUCCAUUCAUUAAUUUCUUAGGAAGUUGCAGAUGACCCAGAAGCCAAUAGGAAGUGGACUAAUAAUGUUUCUGGCAUGGAAAAAGUACAUGUGGCCCCUAGAAGAUCAGAUGAGAAUCAUUAUCCAAUUCCAAGUAAAGUUUUUUGGGGCUGAAUUGCAUUUUUGGUGUUUUAGUUUAGCCAUAGAAGAUUGUUAAGAUUAUUCUUAAUCUUUUUGACAGUUGACAAUUAAGCUCAAUUCAUUGUACUUGUAUUACUAUGUUUGAGUUAGGAAAUCUGUUUAUCAAUUUGUUUGUCUUUUUGGUACAGUUUCUGCAGAACUCAUAUUCAUGUAAGAGCAUGAUGAUCUUAGAAAUUAAACAUUUUUCAACUAGUGCAAUUGCCCUUUUCUCAUUA